GAUAGUAAGAGAGUGUGUAUUUGAUGUCGGGUUGUAGAGUUUGACAUAAAAUAUUAAUGGUCAAGAAAAGAAAAAGCUGUCUGAGCUUUGCUACUCGACCUCUGAUUUCUCGGCGACAAGUCAGUCUAUUCCACCUUGAUCUCGUCGACAACUCCCUGUUCACAAAUCCACUCUUCCCCAAGAACAACAUUUUUUUUUCUUUCUUUUUUCUCCUUUGGGAGUGGAGGAGAGGGAGCAAAAGAGCAUAUUAAUCAAAAGAGAAUUUUUAGUUCGAUUGUCGUUCCCAUAUGAGUUUUCCAUUUUUGGGUCGUCGUUCGUUUUCUCCAGCUUCUAUAUUUUGAUUCCCUUUUCGGUUCUGAAACUUGUCUCUGCUGGGUUUGGUUCAGUGGGUGUGUUCUCUUUUUGUUUUUUUUUGGCAAAUGAGUACGGGCUUUUGUUUUUUCGAAAGUGGGUUUUGAUUUCGAGUUGGGGCUGUGUUUAUGGCUGGAAAUGGAAUCCACACUACCAGAUAAUACUAAAACACUUCGUGGGUUCGAAUGUUUCUCUUAGACGGUUAUGAAAAUUUCCCCCCUUUAUCUCUUUAAAUUUUUUAUCUGGGUAGAUGGGAAAAGUCCCAUUACGGGGAUUUAAAGGAACUGAGAAGUGUAAGCAACUCUUCUUAGCUGUAGUUUAAAAAAAAUCCUUAAAAGGUUGAGUUUGGAUACUGGGAAAGUGACUGGAAUGAAAAGCUAAUGUUGAGAUUAUUCCAUUUGGUAAAAGCUCGGAGAAAAAGUAGCUGAUUCUUGAAUUUUCGGUUGAGAGCUGAAGUUUCAUCACCUGGGUUUGGAAAAGUAAGUUGUGGGGGUCUCUCUCUUUCCUCUUCAUCUUUUUUCUUUGGUUGCGUAACAUUAAAGGUGAUUCGUUGAGACCCCCGUGUGGAUUGCUCGAAUUAGUGGUACUGCAAAUUUUGAGUAAUUGGGUCAGAGAUAAACCAUCUUUAUGGUAAAGAAUUUGAGAGCAUUUAAUUGAUUUUCUGAACAAGAUAUAAAUCUUAUCUGCCAGCAUGAAGGCUCCUCCAAACGGGUUUUUGGCCACUGCUGGAGAAGGAGAGAGGAAGAGUAUCAAUUCGGAGUUAUGGCAUGCUUGUGCUGGGCCACUCGUUUCUUUGCCCCCAGUUGGAAGUCUCGUGGUUUACUUCCCUCAAGGCCACAGCGAACAAGUUGCAGCUUCAAUGCAGAAGGAGACUGAUUUUAUUCCCAACUACCCCAACCUUCCUUCAAAAUUGAUUUGCAUGCUCCACAAUGUCACAUUACAUGCUGAUCUAGAAACAGAUGAGGUUUAUGCACAAAUGACACUCCAGCCUGUAAAUAAACAUGACAGAGAAGCGUUACUGGCAUCUGAUAUGGGCCUCAAGCAAAACAGACAACCUUCAGAGUUUUUCUGUAAAACUCUUACAGCUAGUGACACUAGUACCCAUGGUGGGUUUUCUGUGCCUCGACGUGCAGCUGAGAAGAUCUUUCCACCUUUGGAUUACUCAAUGCAACCACCUGCUCAAGAACUAGUUGCUCGAGAUUUGCAUGAUAAUACAUGGACAUUCAGGCAUAUCUAUCGCGGCCAACCAAAGAGGCAUCUGCUGACUACAGGUUGGAGUGUCUUUGUUAGCACUAAAAGACUCUUUGCUGGAGAUUCUGUUCUUUUUAUAAGGGACGAAAAAUCACAAUUGCUUUUGGGUAUAAGGCGUGCUACAAGACAACAGCCUGCUCUCUCUUCAUCAGUCAUUUCCAGUGAUAGCAUGCAUAUUGGAAUUCUAGCUGCUGCAGCUCAUGCUGCUGCAAACACCAGCCCAUUUACAAUCUUUUACAACCCCAGGGCAAGCCCAUCUGAGUUUGUGAUACCAUUAGCAAAAUACAACAAAGCUAUGUACACACAAGUUUCGCUUGGCAUGCGAUUCAGAAUGAUGUUUGAGACCGAAGAGUCUGGAGUACGCAGAUACAUGGGUACUGUCACUGGUGUAAGUGAUUUGGACCCUCUUCGAUGGAAAUCUUCACAAUGGCGAAAUCUUCAGGUUGGGUGGGAUGAGUCAACAGCAGGUGAACGGCCUAGCAGAGUUUCAAUCUGGGAAGUUGAACCAGUUGUAACUCCUUUCUACAUAUGUCCACCUCCAUUUUUCAGACCUAAGUUCCUCAAACAACCUGGGAUGCCAGAUGAUGAAUCUGACAUGGAAAAUGCUUUUAAGAGAGCUAUGCCUUGGCUGGGAGAUGACUUUGGCAUGAAGGAUACUUCGAGCACAAUUUUUCCUGGUUUGAGUUUAGUGCAAUGGAUGAACAUGCAACAAAAUAAUCAGCUUUCUGCUGCGCAGUCUGGAUUUUUUCCACCGAUGGUCUCUUCAUCUGGCAUGCCCAAUAACCUCGGUACUGAUGAUCCAUCCAAGUUACUGAGUUUUCAAGCCCCUGUCAUGUCUGGGACAAAUGUCCCAUUGAGUAAGGCAACUCCAUCAAACCAAAUGCAACAGCCACCAGUAACAUGGCCACAGCAGCAGCAGCAACUACAGCAGCAACAACAGCAGCAGCAGCAACAACAGCAGCAGCAGCAGCAAUUGCAUCAAUUAUUACAGACUCCUGCUAACCAACAGCAGCAGAAUUACUCCCAGCAGCAGCUGCAACAGUUAUUACAGUCUCCUCCAAACCAGCAGCUGCAGAAUCACUCACAAAACCAGCAGUUGCCACAGCAACGGCAGCAGCAUCAAGAACCUCCACAGCAUCAACAGCUUCAGCAGCAGCAGUCAAACCAGCAACAGAUAUGUCAAUCACUUGUAAAUAAUGGUGUUGGUUCAACUAAUCAGAUUCCUAAUCAAAGUUUGCAGCAACCAGUUAUGUUCUCUCAGCAUCAACAACAACAAUUAGUCACAGGCAAUGCCCAAUCCCAGCAAAGUGGGUACUCUAGCAAGAAUUCAGUUCAGUUGACAUCACUACCAAUGGACUCACAGUUUCAGCAACAAAUGGAGCUGCAAUCAAAUCUUUUUCAAAAGCAGCAGCAGCCUACCCAUUUACAACAAAACCAACUACAAUUUUUACAGCAUAACCUGCCUCAGAGGACACAGCAGCAGUCACAAUCACAACAAUUGUCACAACAGGGACUUUCAGAACAACAGAGUCAGUUGCAGCUAAUUCAAAGAUUGCAGCAACAGCAGCAGCAGCAGUUACUCUCCCCUUCGAGUUCACAUUUGCAGUCUCAACUGCUGCAACAACAGGGAAACCAGCAAAAUCAGCAGUUACAAUCAUUGCCUCUUUCUCAACAUCAGCAACCAUUGAACAGCAACAGCUUUUCAACAGAGAAGCUUUUGAACAUCAACAACUUCUCCACUUCAACACUAACACAAUCACAACAGAUUCCUACUAGCCAACCUCAGAGCCAGCACAAGCCUCUGGUGGUAAUCAGAGCCAACUCUGGUCUUACAGAUGGAGAUGCUCCAUCUUGUUCAACCUCUCCAUCCACUAAUAAUUGUCAAAUUUCUCCAUCAAACCUUUUGAACAGAAACCAGCAUGGACAAGCCAUGUUAAUUGGAGAUCCAGUGGUGGAACCAGCUAACAAUUUGCUUCAAGAGCUUCAGAGCAAGACUGAUGUUCGGAUUAAACAUGAAUUCCCUGGUUCAAAAGGACCAGACCAGCUUAAAUAUAAAGGAAGCAUUCCUGAUCAUCUGGAAGCUUCCUCUUCCGGGACAUCCUACCUGGAUGCUAGUACAAUCCAGCAGACUUUUCCACUCCCUACCUUCUGUCUGGAUGGUGAUGUCCAAUCAAAUCAUCGUAACAAUCUUUCUUUUGGAGCUAAUAUUGAUGGGUUGACACCAGAUACUUUGUUGUCUAGAGAAUAUGACUCUCAGAAAGAUCUUCAGAACUUGCUUUCUAAUUGUGGUGGUGCUCCAAGAGAUAUUGAGACUGAGUUGUCCACUGCUGCAAUCAGCUCUCAGUCGUUUGGGGUGCCAAACAUGAGUUUCAAGCCUGGAUGCUCAAGUGAUGUUGCCAUCACUGAUGCUGGGGUUUUGAGCAAUGGAUUGUGGGCUAGCCAAGCUCAACGAAUGAGAACAUACACAAAGGUUCAAAAGCGUGGUUCUGUUGGAAGAUGUAUUGAUGUCACCCGCUAUAAAGGGUAUGAUGAACUCAGGCACGACUUGGCUCGCAUGUUUGGAAUUGAAGGGCAACUAGAAGAUCCACAGAGGACUGACUGGAAGCUCGUCUAUGUAGACCACGAAAAUGACAUACUUCUUGUUGGUGAUGAUCCGUGGCAGGAAUUUGUAAGCUGUGUUCAAAGUAUAAAAAUACUAUCAUCUGUUGAGGUACAGCAAAUGAGUUUGGAUGGAGAUCUGGGUCAGGUCCCAGUUCCAAACCAAGCUUGUAGUGGAACUGACAGCGGAAAUGCAUGGAGAGGACAGUAUGAGGAUACGUCAGCAGCCUCAUUUAAUCGUUAAGAACUAUGUCUCUUCUCUCAUGAAGAGUUGCCCUUCACUUUACAUCCCCCAGUAAUACUAGCGGACAUGAGCCCUUUCAUACAAGGCAAUGAUAACGCAGCUAGGGAAUGUUUGAAAGGUUCAUUGAUCUUCAUCCCACAUGCUUCCACCAUCGAGGAUUCAAGGUCUGAUUCAAUGUGUCAGUAACACGAGGGCGGGCCGAUUAUAUUAAUUUAAUAGGUCAGGAGAAUUGCAUUAAGCUUUUAGGCAGGGAGGGAGUGUUUGGUUGCCAUGCUACACCAAGACAAGUGGGAUUUUGGCAGUUGCACAUGCACUAUGCAGGGCUGGAAAUGGUGUACAAUAUAUAAGCCUUCUAACUAUUUUUAGACUGAUUUAAUCAGUUUGUAAAUGCUGUGGUACUAAACAGUCACGGGUCAAAUAUGUAGUAACUGUAGGGACUCUUUUGUGAUGUAUGGCACUUUUUUUUGGCCAACUCUUUGACGUUUCCACGUUGAUCACAACAAAAAAAGAAGAAACAUUCCUGAUUGAAUAGUAGUCGUAACACAAGUUUUCAGCUUGUAAACCUACAUUUACUUAUGACGUGGAAGAAAUACUUAAUACAGAUAUCAACUUCUUUUUA